CCGAGUCUAAGUCCCUCGGUGUCCUUGUAGUUCUCUCGCUGAAAGAAUUUCGAAUCUUCGAAAAUGAAAGUGCUGCUUCUUUGCGGACUCGUCCUUGCCGGAGCAUUCCUCGCUGAAGCCGCCGGUGGUCAAGAACUGUGUGGCAUGAGCCAUGAUGGAAUCAAGGAUGUCAUGAAGUGCAUGGCUGAACAUGCGCCACCUCAGAUGAAAGAAAAGGCUUUCGAGAUCAUUGGCGAGAAGGGAGACCACAUGGCCGAGACGAUCAAGAAGGAAUGCGAGUCGGGUGUAGACUUCGGCGAGAUGGUUUCGGCUGUUUUCUCGGUGAGUAACCUUUCCCUAUGUAGGCAGGAGUGCAUUCCCCAGUGA